AAGACAAACUGCUCUCCUCAUGUUUACACCUUCGUGCUGUCGGUCCCUGGCUGCACCAUGAGCAAGUCCGGCACGCUGAAGGGUUUAUUCAAACAAAAAUCCACCGAGAAGGAGAACAAGGAGCUGAAACGCUCCGCGACCAUCCACCGGGAUGAUCCGAGCUCUCUGCGACUCCACGACCCGGGCCCCGUCAGCCCCGGAGACGGCAGGACGCCUCCCCUGGAUGGGGUCCUUAGUUCCCCGAAAGAAAAGAAACCAAAGCGGUUCUUGUCUCUGAGGCUCAAGAAGAAAAAGCGAAAGGAUGAAGGGGGAGAAGCGUUCGAGGAACUGGACAGUUUCAGCAGCCGCAUGAGCUACGACCAGAGGAGCAUUUCCACAGAUAUUGGGCCGGGAUCCGAGUGUGACCCUCAUUCUGAGUACUCCUCUCUGUACAACUUGGAUAUGAACGCUCCGUCCAGCCCCAUGUCCCCCUCCAAACUCAAGGGGGAAAAGAAGGGCGUCCUUGGUCGGUUCACCAGCUUUUUCCAGAGAAGAAAGAGCAGCAGCAGCCAGCAACAGUCAAACACCUCCACAAAUUCGAGCACACCAACUUCUCCUGUGUCUCCCCGUUUCCCUGUAUCCCACGAAGAAGAUGGGUUAAAGCCUCAAACAGAGUCACAUGAUGCAUCCCCUAGAACUGAGCUUGAUGACUCCCUCAGUCAAAGCUCCAGUCCCAGUGUGGCCUCUCUGAUUGUGGAUGGGACAGACUUCCCGUUCGCAGACAGCGGCAGCAGCAGCAGGAGCAGCGUGAGGGAGGUGCGUGUGUCCACCGUCAGCGGUGCUUUAGCGCAGAAGAAUUCUGGGAAUGUGACGCCCACCAGUGCAAAGCUUCCAUCUGCCGCUUGUCCAAACUCAGACACAGAUUUAGGCUUUGCAGAAUCAGUGGUGGAAGAAGUUAGCAAGAGAUUGCAUGUUAAUUUGGACAACAUCCAGAACUCCAGUGAGGAGAACGUUGUCACCCCUACCACACCAAUGUCAGUUAAAUCCCCACUUUCCUUGACGCUGGACACCCCAAAGUCUCCCAACUUAACCUCCAUAUGUUUGGCAUCAAAGAAAACCGUGGUGAAAGUUGGAGAGAAAGGCCACAGCACUGUGUUAAAAGGAAUAACUUUAAGCUCUCAGUCAUCCGUAUCACACAGCACCAGCAAUCAGCAAGAAAAAAAUGACCCAGAUGCACAGAGGAGAAGAUCCGAAGUCAGGAUACCUUCCAGCAGUUUGUCUGAGAAAACUGCAGCUGCGACAUGGACCCCUGUGCCUGAGAGAGAGCAAACAGCCGAAAGGGAUUCUCCUGUCCUGCUCCAUAAAGCUAUCUGGGUGGAAACAUACCUGGGAGAUGAGACGGAGGAGGAGGAGGGAGAGGAGGAUGUAAUGAAACAGGAGGAGGAGGGCCUUAGGGUGGACUCACCUCCUGUGCUGGCCAUACCUGUCAGAGUAAUACCUGAGGAUGAGGUGGUAACACAGAAGGAAACCCCACCUGCCCCUUUGGAGAGUUUGCUAUCCGGUGGCAGCUUGCCAGAGUCCGACAUCACCACGGGAGCGACUUCAGAGGAGAUUCAAACAUUCCCGCAGGAGCCGGGAGAGCCCGACACUAGAACGAUCCCAGAACCUGAGUCACUGGGAGAAAUCCGCUCGACUCGCAAGACCGUGAGUCUGCCGUCAACCAAGGUUUUUGCCCAGAAAGUAAUUAUUGAGCCAGAGCUGAGUUUGGAGGACAACGACAAAGAUUUAACUACUGAUACGUCCAGGACAGCAGAGCUAAAGGGAUUGACGAGCUUCCAACAAGACAAUGAAACUGAAAUCAAAGAUAACAAAACCAAAGCACCAAGAACUACAGAUGAGCCCUCACUGUUCAACACUAAAUAUACUACUGAAUCCAUAGUUAAAGAAGAAACUCAGACCCCUACUUCCGGAGUUACUAUUACAGCUUCAGACAUGAGCAAACCCAAGUUAAAAGAUGAAGACAUUGGAAUAAAAGCUCAAAGUAGUCACAUAGCUGCUGCUAAGCAAGGAAUUAAAGGAGCAGUAGACAACUUGCAUGCUUCCACAGGAAGUGGAACAAAUACCUCUUCAUCUGUUGUUGGACUUAAGAUGAGGACUGUUCCAAGAAAGACCACAGCAAGCACAAAAACAGAAGGCUCCAGUGAUCAUCCUUCACUUAAGGAGCGUAGCACUGAGAAACGUGUUUCUGCACUUCCAGUGUUAAAAGAUCAAAGUGGUGUUAGUCACCCAAAGCCUAAAACUCUGAAAGUUUCAACAUCAGAAACUGAUGCGAAAUCUCCAGAAGCAUCUGAUAAAAUAUCAGAACCUGAUGUCUUUGGGUCAGCAGUCGUUUCCAAACUUCCAAAGCAAACUAGACCUAAAGAACCUGUCAAGUCUCCAACCAAAUCAGUCAGAAAACCAAGCUUUGAAGAAACCAAAAAUGUGAGAGCCACAUCAGGAAAUAUUUCACCUACAAAAUCUGUGUAUAGAACAGGGAUAAAGCUGAACAAGGAAAAGUCAGAGGAGGAGUAUGCAGACUUUGUCAAUGGAAUGGAGCUUGAGCAAAGAACCGGUAAAAAGGUGAGCCAUCCUGACAGGGACGCUCUGCAGCAGAACCAACAACAGAGUAGUUCCUUCCUGGCAUCAAAAAGUAAGUUGCCAGUUUCAUCUCCAACAAGAAAAACAAAUAUCAGUAUCACACCGACAAGCAGCCACAGCUUUAAAAAAGUAUUGCCUGGUCAGACUAACUCAGACAAAGGUGAAGCAGUCCAGAAACAGAUGCCAGAAGAGCAAGAGGUAACUCCCAUCGAUGAGAAGCCUGAAAAUGAAACACUGAUGCCGCAGCCUGGAAGUCCAAAGAAAGGAACAGGAAGUAUGCCACCACUGAAACCAUCCAAACCCCUCUCUAAAAGAAGCAUGAGUCAUGAAGAGAAUGACACAGCAGGUCUUUCUUCUUCUCCCACUAAGCAAGAGAAAAACGUGUUCGCAAGGCUCACCAAGCCAAACGAAAACAUCAGACAGCAUGGGAAAUUUCCUGUGAAGGAGCUAACUGAGACUUCAUCCUCCGGGAGCAAGCUUCCCACAAGAAAUCCGAGAAUCCCCAACAAAUUAAAGCCCAAAAUCCAACAACUCUCAUCAAAAUAUGAGAAUUCAAAUCUCAGCACAGUUAAAGACUCAACUGUGAAUGAUAAAGAAACUGUCACAAUAGAUACUAAGAAGGACAGUGACUGUAAGUCUGCAGAGGAACACAUUAAAAUGGCAGAAAAACAAACUAAAACCCCUCAAACUACUCUGGAAGGAGAUGUUAAAGGUGGAGAGAUUUUAUCUCAUUUAUCUAUUACAGGCGAAACACAGAUGAUUGUACACCCAGUAAAAAUUGUAGACAAAGAAAUGCCAGCUAAGUCACUGGUUGCUGGUGGUAAUAAUGCAGAAACUGAGGAAAGAAAUCUGGAAGCCAAAGAACCAAAACCAGAAAAUCAAAAAGACAACAGACAUAGGCAAAAAACACUCUCAUCAUUUAAAACGUUCUCCACAGUUAAAGCCAAAGAUGUGUCAGAGGAGCUGCCAAGUAAGACUAAAUUUAAAUUUACCAAAGAAAAAAACUCUGCAGUUCAGGUUUUUGACAUUAAACCAACUCCUAAGGAUGUAACCAACAAGUCAGUCAAACCUGAGCUGGAUGAAGGCAUUCAUUAUGACCCAUCAACAGAAACUGGUCAGGAGGAAGUUAUGUCUACAUCAGAAAAUAGAAAGAAUAUCCCUGCUGAACUUGUCUCAGACUCACAGAGUCUCGCUGUAGGAUCAGAUGUUGUGAGCUCACUGGACUAUUUGGAGGAUUCAACUAAAGCUAUAAAUAACAGAGUAUCCCAAACAUUAACUGUGGAAGCAGCACAAGGUUUUGAUGUAGGGGAGAAAAAUAAGGAGGAGGUUGGCUGGAAACCAGCUGAGGCUUUGGAUGCAGAAACAGAGACUGUGACUGUUUGCCAAUUGCCCAAGAAUUUUGAAAAACAGUUAAACAAAGAGGCUCUUUUAGGCAAAUCUGGAAGCAAGGAAAAAGACUCAAAGCCAGAUGAAAUGCUUAAUCACACUGCAGCAGAAAGCUUUGAGUCACAAAACACUUGUAAAGAGAAGCUCAAAGAAAGACCUGUGGACUUUGCAGGGAGAAGAAUUACGAGUUCAGGGAAAGCAGGCCAUCUCUCAACAGAAGAGGAAAGCUUGCAGCCUAAGGCUACAAAGAACCAACAGGCAGUAGUUACACAUGUCCUGAAAGGAAAGAGAACCAAGAGCGAGGAAACACAGAGCACAAUAGUUGAAUCUACAGCAAGUAUGAUUGACACAAAACAACAGAACUUACAUGAAACUUCACAAAGCGACUCUAUGAAUACAGAGAGACCAAAGCCUCAAAAUAUUGAACCACUAGGGAAAAAUGAAAAGGAAGCCAAGGAGCUAAUAACCAAAAGUAAAAAGAUGAAAGAUGACUCCAGAAAUCUAAUAGGAAAAAAUUAUGAUAUUGUAAAGGAAAAACCAAGUCCUGGAAUGUCAACAACUAACAGCGAAGUGCUGGAGGCUGAAUCUGGAGACGGCUCCAAAGAAAAAGAGGAGAUCGUACUUAAAAACCUAACUAUGAAUAAAACAACAGAACAAAAUGCUCAGACAUUAACUAAUUCUAAAACUGGAGAAGAAGGUGGAAAUAUAACAAAACAAGGCAUAUAUGAAAAUCAUAUAUCAGAUAAUGGACAAAAGGUUGCAAAAACUGAAGAAGAAAAGACAAAGGAGACUCAAGCUGUAAAACUAUCAUUAGUGAGCACUCACGUUGAAGACAGUAAUGUAAAACCUGAAGUUGAAAUCUCAGAGAGCUUUGGGAAUGAAAUUGUAACAGCUAACAGUGAGGAUACAAAACAAAAGCUUCAGACAACCAAAACUGUUCUUGAAAAAUUGACUAACAACCAACAGGGUCAAGUGGUGAUAGCAACUGGUAAUCAUGAUGGAGUAUCAUCAGAAUCUGAACAUCUGAAAUCUGAAAUUACUGAUUCAUUGUUGCAAAGUUUGUCAAAUGAGGCAGAUACUCCAGGACAUAUUAGUAAAGAUAGCAACCAACGGGUCCAGAAAGUGUUAACUGUUGGUGGCCAGGAUGGAGUAUCUUCAGAAUCUGAACAACUAAAGUCUGAAAAAAGUACUUCCUCAAUGCAAAUUAUUGUAAAUGAGACAGCAUCUCCAGAUCGUUCCAGUGAAGUUAGCAACAAACAGGUCCAAAAGCCAAUAACUGUUGGUGACUACAAAGGGAAGUCAACGGAAUCUGAAUUUAUAAAAUCUGAAAUCAGGGUUUCAUCAUUGCAAAGUCUGACAAAUGAAACAGAAGAUCUGGAUCAGGCAAACAAAAUUAUCAAUCAACGGCACCAGGCAACAAAUACUGCUGGAGAACAAGAUGGAAUAUCAACAGAGAUUGAAGGUCCAAAAUCUGCCAGAAGUGAGACGCCAAGAACAGAAGCACCUGAGGUCACAACAGGAAACCAUACUGAACACAUACCAAUACCAGGCUCUGAAGGAGAUAGAGGUGACUCUGCAACAAAAAAUACUUUGACAGAAUGUUUGGUGAAUGAGUUAGAAACUGCUAAUAUAAGAAAUGACCCUGGAAGCCUCCAAGAGUUCAGCCCAAUAAGUGAUAGAGACGAAGGCGCAGAUGAAUUAAAACAAGCUGAAAAUGAAUUGGGGGGAUCUGAACAUUCGAGUCACAAAUCAGAAAAACAACCAGAUACCGAUGCUAAAGUUCAGGAUAGAAAUGACACCCAAGAUGCUUACUCUGAUUGCAGUACCACUGCAUUUGGAGAUUUGGUGAAUGAAACAGCAGAGGUUCAGAAGUCAAACACUGGUGUGAUUCAAGAAAAUGAAAUCAAAAUAUCACAUCAAGAAUCUAAAUACUUAGACAUAAACGUCAAGUUAAGACCAGAAAUGUUGGAAGACAAAGCUUCAGAAGAGAAAAGAGAAAUUCAAAUCCAAGAUGUUAAACUUACAACCACCAUGGGUCAAAGUGCUAAAGAAUCUAAAGACAAGACUACAAGUAAGGACCAAUCAAAUGACAGUUUAGUAAAUGAAUCAGUUAAUGAAAAUGUCACCAGCAAACUUGAAGUCAAGAAAGACACAAAGUCCACUGUCUCUGGUGACUCAAAUGAAAGUUUAACAAUAUCCGAUCAAGAAAAGUUAACAGGGUCUGCGUCAGAGACAUUAAAAAAGGAAGUUCAAGAGAAGAAACUACAAAACUAUGGCAUGGAUGCAACCCGUGAUCCUGACAAUCUACUCUCUUAUAAUGAUAGGAAAGAAAAAACAGAACUUCUUCAGGAUUUAUCUUCUGAAAGUUUGUCGAGUGAAACAGUACCUUUGAAAGACAUCAGUGAAGUUGUCAAUAUAGAAGUCCAAAGAUCCAAAACUACUAGAGAAAAAGGUGAAGAUUUACCAAACCUAGAUCAAAAAUCCAAAGAUUCAAAUUCUGUAACAACUGUAGUUGGCACAAAGGAAACCGGGAUGGAGCACAGCAUCCAGGAUCAUAGCACUGAAGAUCCUAAAGAUGACUGUGGAGCUAAAGUUAAGGAACCACUGCUAGUAGCUACAGAGCAGAUGCAGAAGCCAUCAACUAAUACAGAUCAAAAUAGUUGUACAACACCAGGUCAAGACAAGUCAGCACAAUCUGCCACAAAUGCAGACCUAAAAGAAAAACUGGAGUCAGUAAUACCAGCAGAGUCAAAGACCGAAAUUCAAGAGCUGAAUGCCAGAAGUGACAGAGUUCAGAUUCAUGACCAUUCUAAAGAAAAAACUGCACCAAUUGACCCAUCAGUUGAUAAGGCAAAGAACAUUGAAAUUCACAAAGCAGACACUCAAAAAGAACAAAGUAUCUCAUCUAACAGAGAUGGCAAAGUUGAGAUUAAAUCAGACAUACAUUCCAAUGUUUCUGAUGAUACCGUUUCAAGAGACCUUCAGAAGAAGACACCAAUGGUUUUAGGAAAUACAGAUAACCUGACUGCUGCCAAAAAAGAACAGGAUGCAAACGUCACUGCUGUGGUUCAAAAUAUACCAAACACAAGUGUUUGCACAGUCCAAAAGAAAGCGUCUUCCAUUGGUUCAGUUCAAUUAUCACUUAGGAAUGAUGCUCUGAAGACUGAUGAGGUCUUUGAAGAAAGUAUUCAAAAACCUGAAUCAACUGCAGAGAGGUUCACUGCAGGUCGUGGUUUGAAACACGAGGCACACAAAAUUUCAAAAAAAGCAACGACUCAACUCUUCGAUUUUGACAAGGAUAAGCUUCCAGGGAAACCGAUUCCACCCAAACUGACUCCAUCCGCCUGGUUGGACGUGGAAGACCGUCACAAAAAGAAAAAGGGACGUAGAAGAAAUGAAGAUAAAACAGCUAGUGAUGAUGACUUACUUGAGCCAGAGGAAAUUGAUUAUUUUCUCAGCAGUGUCAGAGAAGGAGGAAUACCCUUUUCACUGCCUCGAAAGAAACAUAUUCGUAAAAAACUCCAGUGCCCACCUUUUGCUAUGCCAGCCAUCAGGGAGGACCGCUUUGAGCGGACAUUUGAUCCAGAGGAAUUUCAGUUUGGCUUAAGAAAAAAUGAGAGACGCAUGGACCUUUCUCCAGCUAUGGUAAUCAAACAAAAAAAUGCUGACAGGAAUGGCAGAAGUACUGAUUCUCAAGAGAGCGGCACCUCAGCAGAUAAACUAACAACUCAUAAGGUUGAAGGACAGGACAAGGCCAAAGAGGAGGCUCAAGUCAAAGAGGGAAAACCAGAGGGGCAAAACAAUGAGCCGGGGAAGAUGACGUCAAGACUCGAGAGGAUGUCCAUCCUCACAGACUUGCUUAGCUCCCCUCGGAACUCCAGGAAGUCAAGAACUGAAGCUUCCUCUGCCUCAAACAGCACAGUCCCGUCUAACCAGCAGCAAGACGUUGGACCGCAGGGAGUUACUGCCUUGCCUCUGCCUGUUCCCCCUGCUGAUAACAGGGGCGUGAAAGGUGCAGAUCAAAGCUUGAUUUCAGAAGGUGCAAUUGUUGCUGUUAGUGAGUCAGCAUGUAGCUCCUCCUCCUCUGUUCCUCCUCUGCCGGCGCUCUCUGAGAUGAACCUGCCUGAUCAUUUAGAGAAACAGCUGAAGAAAGACACACCAGAGCUAGAGGCCUCCAUGGACUUUACACAGACAACUGACCUAACCCUUCCUGCUAUGGAGCAGUUGUCAAUUACAAACAUAUCCAUUGUGGAUGGGGGCCCGGAGAAUCCUACAGUACUGCCUUCUACAACAAACUACAAUCAUGAGAUAUCUCAAAAUGGACUUCGUACAACUAAAAUCAAGAAACCUGUGGUUAGAGGACACCACAGAAGACCUGGAAAGAUAGUCAUACACGAGCAUGCUCAGUUUGGUGGGGAGGCAUUUGAAGUCUAUGGUGAUGUAGAAGAUUCCACCUCGAUGAAACUGUCUCCUGUGAUAUCGAUCAAAGUCAUCAGAGGAUGCUGGCUUCUCUAUGAAAAGCCUGGCUUUCAGGGUCGUAUCCUUGCCCUGGAAGAGGGUCCCAUGGACCAGCUAGUGAACAUGUGGGCAGAGGAGGGAACUCCAGAGACGCUAAAUGAAUUGGGUCAACCUGUUCCAACAGCACCGAUGGUUGUAGGUUCCCUUCGGCUGGCAGUCAGAGAUUACAGCAUUCCCAGGAUUGACCUGUACUCAGAGGUGAACGGGUUAGGGAGGAUGUCAUCUUAUUGUGAUGACACACCAGAGCUCAGUUCCUAUGGGAUCCCACAGACCACAGGCUCCAUUAAGAUUCACUCUGGAAUCUGGUUGGUGUACACUGAUCCAGGAUUUGAUGGACUGCUUGAAGUGCUAUUGGAGGGAGAGUAUCCCCAUCCGCAGAGUUGGGGUUUCCCUGAGCCUUUCAUUGGCUCUCUCAGACCGCUCCGAAUGGGACCAAUAAGGGUGGAGCACCCAGCUGAUGUUAAGGCUCUUGUGUUUGAAAAGCCAAACUUUGAUGGGCAGUGUUUGGAGCUGGAUGGUGAUGUCUACAACUUGUUGGAGCAACAAAAAACAGAUGGGAAGAACACAACUCUUUGUUCAGUUGGCUCUAUAAAGAUCCUCGGGGGUCUCUGGGUUGGCUAUCAGGAGGCAGACUUUGAAGGCCAGCAGUACAUCCUGGAGGAGGGGCAGUAUCCUCACUGCAGUGAGUGGGGAGGAUCUGAGGACAGCCUACAGUCACUGCGGCCUGUACUUGCAGAUUUCCAGUCCCCACACCUGAAACUGUUCAGUGAUCCUAAUUUUACUGAGCGGGGGGGCCAGGUGGACUUGGUGGGUCCCGUCAUCAGCAUGGAAGAUGUUGGCCGCAGCACUAAAACCCAGUCAGUGACAGUCACAGCAGGAGUCUGGGUGGCGUUUGAACAACCUGGCUUCAGCGGAGAGCUUUAUGUCCUGGAGAAAGGCAUGUACUCAAACCCAGAGGACUGGGGAGCACAGAACUUCAAAAUUUCAUCCAUACAGCCCAUCUUCCAUGACAUGCUGAUGGGAACAACACGGUUUAAGAUCCAGUUGUACUCUGAACCAGAGUUUCAGGGAAGGCUGCUGGCUCUGGAUGACAGUACAGAUGCUCUGGAUGCUGAUUUCACACCCAAGUCAUGUAAAGUCCAGGCUGGCAGCUGGGUGGUGUAUGAGGAAGCUAAGUUCAAAGGGAACAUGUAUGUCCUGGAGCAAGGAGAGUACCCCAACACAGAGGCCAUGGGCCUCCUGUCGUCAGACUCCUUCAUUCGAUCAGUGCAGACAACUGGACAUGAGUUCUCCCUGCCCUCCAUCGUCUUGUUCAGCAAAGCGGGCUGCAGAGGACGCAGGGUCGCUUUGACGAGCGGAGCAGUAAACCUGCUGCAGACUGGCAUGGAUUCACGCAUACGCUCCCUGCUGGUGGAGGGAGGAAUGUGGGUGCUGUAUGAAGGAAACAACUACACAGGCCGACAGCUGUUUAUCCGUCCGGGUGAAGUGGGCGACUUCUGCAAGCUCAGCAACUGGCAGCGAAUAGGGUCCCUCCGUCCACUGAUGCAGAAACCGAUGUACUUCCGUCUGCGGAACAGGGAGACGGGAUGUCUGAUGACUCUGACUGGAACGCUGGACGACAUCAAACUGAUGAGGAUCCAAGCUGUGGAGGAGACGGGAGGAGAAGACCAGGUCUGGCUCUACCGAGAUGGACAAAUAUCCUGCAAGCUGAUGGAGGAAUGCUUCCUGGAGACGGCAGGUAGCGUGGUAAUGUCAGGCACACGACUCUGCAUCUCUUCAGAGCGAGGCAAAGACAACCAGCAGUGGAGCAUCACCCAGGACGGACUGGUCCGCUUCCACCUUAACCCAAAUCUUAUUGUGGAAGUCAAAGGAGGUCAUCAGUACGACAAGAACCAGAUCAUCCUGAACGACUUGGAUGAAAAGAAGUGGAUCCAGAGGUGGAUUUUAGAGAUUCUGUGAUCUGAUGAGGACCAAACAAUUAGCCGGCUGCUUUUAUGCACAUCUGUUGUGGAUAUUUUCACCUGUUCAUUCUUUUCGAGAAGGAAAAUUAUGAGCUGGUGUUUGAUGUUUAGAACGUAUGAUUUACAUAAGAAGACACCUUUAAGUUUUUGUCAAGCAUUUAGUACCAAAGACUCCACGUUUUUUCUUCAUGUUGCAAAAACUCUGCCUUGUUCUGAUGCUGCAUAAUUUAUCACCUGUGGUACUUUUCAUUGCAUGGGUCAUAAAUCUCUAAUUUUCCUGCAGAUACGAAUGUAUGUAUCUUACUUCAGGAUGUUGCAGAAGGCAUCAAUGGUUUCUUUGCAUCGAUCAAAAUGAUCUUGUAUAAAGUUUUUAUAUCUGUUUAGGACUUUUUGACACAAACUGUGCCUUGUUCAUUACACUGUACAUAAUUUGCCUCGAUUGUACAGACUGAUUUACAAUUUUAAACAAAAAUGCAAUUAGAAUAUUGCCCCCUAGUGGUUGUAAAUAUGUGAGAAAACGUUUGUCGUUACAGGCUGUUACAAUAAAAUAAAAAUGAUCUUUCACUGUU